GGGGGGGUAAGCAACGCGUGUAGUGGCGUUGUUGUGGAGGAUUUGGAAAAGUAGCGGUGUUUCCCACAGCAGUUGAAUGCAGCAUUUAAAGUGAUACUGUCGUCCAAGUGAAGCCGCUUCAAGGCGGUGCGGAAUGCCGGACGAGGCCGGCCCGAGUCAAGUCCGGCCAACGUUCCAAGCGAUUUCGCCCGGCGAGCGUCGGCGGGCGUCGGCAGCCCUGGAGCGUCUGCGGGCCAAGUUGGCCCAGAAGGAUGAGUGGCGGCGCCACCUGGGCCGCGUGGCGGCACUCCAGGACACGCUGGACAGUCCGUUCUUUGUGCACGUGCUCACUCUGCAGCGCGCCGUCGCCCACCUCAAGGAGCAGUUGAGUACGCCACCGGAGGAGAGCGGCCGCAGUGUCAGCUUUUCCCCUGCCCCACCCACCUUGGAGGCCCCGCUUGCCCUUGGUGCCCCACCCUCGCCCGACAGCCUGCACCGGUGGAUCGUGGCUGCCGCUGCGGGUCGGCCCAGUGAGCGCGUGAGUCUGACACGUCCGGCCGUGGGGGGUUUGGGUUUCAGCAUGACAAGCCUCCACCCAGGAAGCGGCCGUCCCGACGCCUUCGUCAAGCACAUCCAGCCCGGGAGCGUCGCUGACAGGGAUGGACGGCUGCGUGAUCAGAUAUUGGUGAUAAACGGCCGCCCCUUGGAGGUGGGCGUGAGUCCGCAUCAGGCGCUGGCUUUGCUGCAGCUGCCCGGCCGCACGGUAGACUUGACGGUCGCCAGGGACCGCCCCCCAACGGACAUGCUGCCACUGGCGUCAUUGUCGCCACCGGCCACCGCUAACGACGUAAACGCCGCUGAGAGGGCCGAAGUGGAGGAGAUCCAGCUGCUCAACGACGGUUCGGGUUUGGGCUUCGGUAUUGUGGGCGGGAAGACCGACGGCGUGGUGGUCCGGACGCUCGUCGAGGGCGGUGCCGCUGACAGGGACGGGCGUCUACGCACGGGCGACCGCAUCCUUCGCGUCGGGGCCACGCCCACCAACGGGCUUGGCAGCGAUGAGGUGGUCCAGGUGCUGCAGGGGUGCGGGAGUCACGUGAGCUUGCGAGUUGCCAGGGACCGGGGCACUCGGAGAACCAAAGCCCCGCCACCGCCUGACUCUGCCCCUGUGUCGGUUGCUCCCAUGCGGCUUCUUCAGUGCCGGAGCAGCGGUAUGCCCAAUCUGGAUGGCUACGAGAUCCAUGAGGUUGCGCUCACCAAGAAAGACGGACAAAGCCUCGGAAUCUCCAUCAUCGGACACAACCCCCUCAGCAGUCAAGAUGCGGUGGGGAUGUUCAUCAAGCACGUGGUUCCGGGCAGCGCCGCCCAUCACAGCGGGAACAUAAGGGUUCAAGACCGACUCAUUGCCAUGGAUGGCGUCAGCCUCCACGGUCUGACCAGCAGGGAAGUUGUGGAGGUCAUGAAGCGGACGGGCCGCACCGUGCUCCUCACGCUGGUCCGCAAGAACAACGCCGUCGCCUUCCAAAGGUCCUCCAACGCAGUGGAAUCUUCUUGUGGGUCACUGCCGAGGUCACUGGAGUUCAAGACUCACACUACGCAUUUGGAUACACACAGUACGAGCAGCGCUGCUGAGCUGACUCUGAAGACCAAGUGGCAGCGGAAUCUGGGUCCAAACUAUCAACUACUGGUGUCGGCCGUGCUGUCCGAGCUCAGGGAGGAGCAGGAGCCAGGUGAAGUCACUAACCAAGAGAAGGAACGUGUCGAGCUGGCCCUGUGGUCUUCUGAGGUGGAGGUGUUGGAGCUCCACAAAGAGGCUGCAGGAGGCCUGGGCUUCAGCAUCCUGGACUAUCAGGAUCCUUUGGACCCAGGCGGCUGCGUGAUGGUAAUCCGCUCACUGGCGGAGGGCGGUGUGGCCCAGCGCGCCGGCGCACUGCUUCCCGGCGACCAGCUGGUCUCCGUCAACGGCGUCUGUCUGGAGGGCUUGAGCCUGGAGCAAGCCGUGCGCGUCCUCAAGGGAGCGCCCCCUGGCGCCGUGCGGCUAGGCGUGUGCAAACCCCUCGCGGUUUUGGCCCACAACUUUGGCCAAGCGGGAGUGGAGGAGCGGGUAGACCUUGGCGGGACUGCUGACCAUCCGCCAACUCUGACCUCUGACCCAGAGGAGGAGGGCAGAGAGAUGGCGGUGGACGAAGAUGAGGCAGUGACCGAGACGGCGUCGUCAUCGUCAGCCGCCGCUCAGCAGACUCAGACAGAAGACGGGCAACUUCUCGGUGACGCGCUUGAUCCUUCUUUCACUUUGAUACAUUUGACUGGGACGCCCUCGCGCGCAAACUCAAUAUGCGACUCGCCCGCGUGUAUGCCAGGCCAGCACGACGACACAGAGGCGGAAGCAGACUCGAAAGUCAACGGGACGGACGUCGAGUCUUGUGGGAUGAUUGACAUGGAGAAGCGGAGGUGGCGGAGUUACAGAGGAUUCUCCAUCACCAGAAGGGGGCUUCCGGAGCGCGAAGAGGGCGAGGGUGAGGAAAGUCCUUGGAUCAGUCACUGGGACCCCCCCCGCAGGGUGGAGGUGUCUGCCAAGGAAGGCGAGUUGCUGGGCCUGAGCAUCGUGGGCGGCCAUUACGUUAUCAAGCAACUGAGGAACGGAGAAGACCUGAAGGGAAUCUUCAUCAAGCAGGUCCUGCGUGGAAGCCCCGCCCACGCCACGUGCGCCCUCAAGACUGGAGACAAGAUCCUGCAGCCUUAUUCUUCUCUUCCUUCCCUGCGCCACGACAGCCGCCGAGCAACCAACACAAUCCGACCCAAUCCGACCCUCAGGCCGCUCUAUCUCUUGGUCGGACAUCCCACCAGGCUUGCUCUAACAGCUGCUUAACGUGUGGGCAGGUCUCGGGUUUGGAUCUCCGAAGCGCCACGCACCAAGAGGCGGUCGACGCCAUCAAAUCAGCCACCAGUCCCGUGGUCUUCAUCGUCCAGAGCAGGAGUGGGCAAACUUCUUGACUCGCGGGCCGAACUGGGUUCUAAAUUUGGACCGGAGGGCCGAACCAGGAGCAGAUGGACGUAGUGUUUGUGUGCAGUAAUAUUAGCGACCUGUAAAGGUCAUUGCAUAAAAGAUUUUGGCCUUUAGUAGGUAGUAAAGCAUGGAUAUUCCAAACAUGUUUUUUGAAAACAAAUGCAUUUAUUAACAGCAUUAAAAAAAUAAAAAUAAAUCAUUAAAAAACUGCUA